GGAAAAUAUGAGCUUGGUAAAACUAUCGGUGAAGGAACAUUUGCAAAAGUGAGGUUUGCAAGGAACUCCGAGACGGGGGAUGCCGUUGCCAUCAAGAUCCUUGACAAGGAGAAGAUUCUGAAGCACAAGCUGGUGGAACAGGGAAGUGCAUAUCUGGUCCUGUCAAUAACUAGAAGUUGAAUUUGUUUAAAAUAUACGUCAUUAGUAAGUUCCUUUCAAAGUUAAAUUUGUUUAAAAUAUGUGUCAUUAGCAAGUUUCUUUCAAAGCUGAGGUGCGAUUUGUUUAAAAUAUGUGUCAUUCGUAAGUUUCUUUCAAAGCUGAGGUGCGAUCAUCGCAUUCUUAUUAGUAAAUGAAUCAAAGCUGUGUCAGGGAGCACCUCUGCUGUCCAACUGCUGCACUUGAUUCAGCUGGCUUGCUUCCAAGAUGCUCCAAUCUGAUUAAGCGGGAAAUCAGCACUAUGAAGUUGAUAAAGCAUCCUAAUGUUGUUCAGCUGUAUGAGGUUAUGGGAAGCAAGACAAAGAUCUUCAUUGUUCUGGAAUUUGUUACCGGAGGCGAGUUAUUUGACAAAAUCGUUAACCAUGGCCGAAUGAGGGAGGAUGAAGCGCGCCGGUAUUUCCACCAGUUGAUUAAUGCUGUUGAUUAUUGUCAUAGUAGGGGUGUUUACCACCGAGACUUGAAGCCAGAAAAUCUUCUACUUGAUGCAUAUGGCAAUUUAAAGAUUUCUGAUUUCGGAUUAAGUGCGCUCUCUCAGCAAGUCAGGGAUGAUGGCUUGCUUCAUACUACUUGUGGAACUCCAAAUUAUGUUGCUCCUGAGGUCCUUGAUGAUAGAGGAUAUGAUGGAGCACUGGCAGACUUGUGGUCCUGUGGUGUUAUCUUGUUUGUAUUGCUUGCAGGCUACUUGCCUUUUGAUGAAUCCAAUCUCAUGAAUCUUUACAGAAAGAUUUCUGUUGCUGAAUUUACAUAUCCAUCUUGGCUAUCUUUCGGUGCAAUGAGAUUGCUUACAAGAAUUCUCGAUCCCAACCCCAUGACGCGAAUAACAAUCUCUGAAAUAUUGGAAGAUGAAUGGUUUAAAAAAGGCUACAAGCCACCUGUAUUUGAAGAGAAAUAUGAGGGAAAUUUUAACGAUGUAGAGGCGGCUUUCAAGGACUCUGAAGAAGCUUGUGUCACAGAGAAAACGGAAGAGCAACCUGCUGCGAUGAAUGCCUUUCAAUUAAUAUCUAUGUCAAAGGGUCUCAAUCUUGGAAAUUUGUUCGAUGUAGAGCAGGAAUUCAAAAGGGAGACAAGAUUUACAUCAAAGUGUCCAGCUAAAGAAAUCAUUACCAAGAUUGAAGCGGCAGCGAAACCUCUUGGCUUUGACAUUCAAAAAAAGAAUUACAAGAUGAAACUAGAACAUGUUAAAGCCGGGAGGAAGGGAAAUCUCAAUAUCGCUACAGAGAUUUUUCAAGUGGCUCCUUCUCUUCAUAUGGUUGAAGUGCGAAAAGCUAAAGGUGACACAUUGGAGUUCCACAAGUUUUACAAGAAGCUUUCAUCAAGUCUCAAGGAUGUUGUUUGGAAAUCAGAUUCAGAUAUGCAAGAGCAAGCUCCAAAGUAAUUCACUACAAAGAUAUUACCUCA